GCAAAUCUUUUCAACUUUCCUGAGUGCUGAGUGAGGCAGCAACACGUGUGUCGGGUGCAAGCGCAGCGAGCGACUCGCGGAGUCUUUGCCUCUUCCAAAGAGCUCCUUCCAAAGCUACGCUAUUACGUACGUCACGGGCUGUUCCAAACAAGUUGUAGCGGGAUCUCUCCUUUGCUCCGCUGUCGUAAGAGAACCUGGCCGCAACAGGAACAUUCGAACAUCCAGGACACAGGACACCCACCAUCGCGGCGCACACCGCACACUACACGGCACACUGCAUGCCGGUAACGGCGUUAGACAUGGAGGCUGAACCGAGUGCCCUGUCGGACCCCCUGUCGCCGAACCUGGAUCCUUCAUACGUGGAUACCUUGUUGGUGAACUCCUGUGGAUGGAAAUUUCGGGCGCAAGUUCUACUGCCGUUGGCGCUGGGGAAUGCGGCGGAUGCUGUCGAAAUCGUGAGCGCAGGCUACAUCUUGAGGACCUUCAAACACGAGGACGGGAGCUCUCUCAACAGCACGCAGAAAGAGCUCCUCACAGCCGCAGUCUUCGUGGGGAUGCUCGUCGGAGGAAUUCUGGCGGGAAGCGCUGCAGACCGUCUGGGCAGGCGCAACUGCCUUCUCACCUUCCUUGCCAUGAACUGCACCUUCGCUUCGAUUUCCGCGGCGGCUCCUUCUGUUGGCUGGUUGAUUGCGGCUAGGGUGUGUGCCGGCCUAGGUGUGGGUGGCUCGAUUCCCGUUGUUUUCACGCUCGGUGCCGAGUUGUUUGCCACCCGGAUUCGAGGCGCGAUGGUGUCUCUCAUCGCAAGCUUCUGGAUGGUCGGCUCGGCGUUUGCAGCAAUCGCGGCGUGGGUAGUGCUCGGCGAUGGUUUCGGUGGGAGGCGGAUCUUCCCAGGAGGCACUUGGCGGCACUACGCAUUGGUUGCAGCCCUGCCUGCAGUAGCAGCCCUGUUGCUGACCUUUAUUUUCGUUCCCGAGUCACCGAGGUUUCUCGCCAGAGAAGGUUGGUUAACAGCAGCAAUGACCAGGGUGCAAGGGUAGAUGGCUGAUGUGCGGUUUCU